AUGUAAGGCGACUUUUGUGCAGUAUGCGCCCAGAAACAAAAGAAAUGCCAUUCAGAUGUUCAUGAUAAUAUGGAGUUUUAUUUUGUUACAGAAGAACUAACUCAAUAAGUUGUAAUGGAAGAUUUAAAAAGAAGAUAUUAAACUUCCUCUAGAGAAAAAUUAACCAAAAGAAGGCCUACUAAAAUAAAUGGAUAUAGAACUUUAAAUUAAUAAAGCAAUCUACUAAAUAUUAAUAACAUCUCUAAUGAAGUCUGUUAAUAGAUUAAACCAAAUUGCACUUUAACCAGCAAUUAGUGA